AUGCCGGCUUUCAGCUGCCUCCUCCUCCUCCUCCUCUUCCAUACACGCAACACAUCUGCUUCUCCUUCCCUCCCUCGACCUCCUUCUUCCUCCUCCUCCUCCUCCUCCUCCUCCUCGACCUCCUCCUCCUUGUCCGACGUGCAAGAACAGAACUCGAGCACAAGUAAGCACAAGCCUCUCCAUCCCUUCCACAAACUCGGCGUGUCCAGCUUCCGCAUCGCACAGGCUAUCGGGCAUCUACGACCGCAACAACUCGUCCCAGCAGUCAGCAGAAGUCUGCAUGCGCUGGAGGCAGUAGGGAUGGUCUAUCGGACGUUCGAUGACGGUCACUACAUGGCGACCAAUGAAGGAGCAGAGAUCAGCGAGGAGACAUGGCAGAAGGUCCUGACCAUUGUGAAGGGAGGAGACAAGGAGAACGAGGGGGGCGAAGCUGGGGAGCUGGAGGAAGGGCUAGUAAAGAGGAGGGACGUGAAGACCUCAAAGGAGUUUCUGGGAGGAGAGCAGACGUGCCGAUAUUCAAGGAAGAUCCUCAAGAGAGAAUGCACUGGAUAUGCCGACGGUCUGUUCUCUGAGAAGAUAUGGAUUCGCUCCUUGAGAUCUUGUCGCAAGGCCCUCGUCCACUCCAGCCCUCCCUCCCACGUUGCUUCCUCCUCCCGCUUCACCAGCCUGGAGUUCAACCCGAGCUCCGAGUACCUGUUGUGCGGACGAGGAAGCGGUCAGCUGCUCAUCUUCAAGUCUCACGCGACUUCGAAUCGCUACGUGGAUGAGUGGGACAAGGCUGGUCGCUGCUGCUCUCUCAACGCUGUGAGGGACGUGGAGGGGAGGAGGACGAUUGAUGCAGCGCACUGGAAUCCGUUGAACCGCAACGAGGUUGGCGUGAGUUCCCGCGCAAGCGACGAGGUCCAUACGUACGACAUGAAAGUGUGCGGGAGCGCAAACAGAAGAAGAUGCGAACCUACGACAAUCUUGUCUCAUCGAUCAGGACAGGGGCAUGGCGGGCUGCUCGACUUCUGCUUCCUCUCCUCCUCCAUGGUAGCUGGAGGAACUCAGAGCGGGUGUGUACUGCUAUGGGAUCCGCGAUCCCCGAAGAGUCCAAAGGGAGUUCUGAAGCAAGUCUGGGACAUCCGAGCAAUCAAACCUCAGCUUUCCGUGCUCAGCUUGUGCACCAAAGAGCCAACAACCCUCACCACUGUAUGUGUGGAGGGCAAGUUGCCGAUGUUGACAGCAGAGGGCGAGAGGUGCGAGGGAACGCAUAUUCUUCCUCCUGAUCAACUCGCCCCGAGGAGUUACAUGCUUGAACCCAUGGCAGAGAGACUGGUUGCCUUUGCAGUGGGAGAUCGAUGCGUGGGGGUGCACGACUUGAUAACAGGGAAGCUGACGCAUGCUUACUUGAAUAACGACUCCGAUGAGUUCGGUGAGCUUAUCAUCGACAAUCAGCGACGAAGAAUUGCAUGGAUAUCUCCUGCAGGCAACGCAGGCAGGCAUCCCGUCCUCGUCCUCCGCAACCAUCAGGUGAGCCCGCCUGGUCGACUUGCGAUGCCUGACGAGCAGCAGAGGAACAAACUCACCCUCCUCCAUGCUGCCGAGAGCCAAGAGCCUCCCCGAUGGUGA